AAACGUUUAUGCUGCUCAAUAACACUAGUUCGUAAACAGCUAACAGCGGUGGUGUGGAGUUUGUUGAAAGUGAUUAGAGCGAAAGAAAGGGAUUGUCAGCUCUUGAUUUCUGUAUUUCGCAGAAGUUCAGUCUCAAGAGGAACUGCUUAAAGAUCAAAGGGUUUCUUUAAGUGUUGCUUAGAAGAAGAAUGGCUGCCGUUAGUGUUCCUAUGCAUAAUGGAAAUAUUCAACAUGGCGAGUCUGGGGCUGAUGUCAUCGAAAACGGCAACGAGCUUCUGAAUGGAAGCGAAGUGAGUGAAGUUCCAGCGCGAAUAAUAAGGAAAGCCAAGAGGCUAAUAAGGAGAAGCCCAGCGAAGGAAAUAGGUGCAAAAGAAAUAGUGACUGUUAUUUCAGGAAUGCUAAUAAGCGUCUGCCUUUAUCAAAGAACAGUCGGAAAUCGAGAAAUGGCCGAGGUCGAGGCGAACCAAAGAAAGGAGGUGCUGGAGGAAAGGGUGUGUGGGGAACCCCAGGCUCAGAAUUGUUUGAGGACGGUAGGAUUCACGACUCCCAUGAUCCCAAUUACGAUUCGGGAUAGCCAGGGAGAUUUUAUUGUGGAAAAGAUAGACCCUGAGUUGACCCAGAGGGAGUUUGAGGCUGUGCUAGAACCUGUGUUACUUGAAUACUUCGAACAUGGAGACACGAGGGAGGUUGAGGAGGAUCUGUCUGAUUUGAAUGUUAGGAAGUAUAAACCAAAGAUCAUAGAGACUGCUGUUAGCAUGGCUCUGGAUCGUAAAGCUCAACAUAGGGAAAUGACGUCACAACUCAUAUCGGAUUUGUACAGUAAACUCUUGACGUCAACAGAUAUUUCAGGUGGUUUUGACAGUGUUCUCUCCAGGCUCUCUGACCUGACAAUAGAUUCUCCAGAAGCUCCAGUGGUUGUUGGCCAGUUCAUUGCAAGAGCUGUAGCCGAUGACUGUCUCCCGCCAAAAUACAUUACUGGAUACAAGGGCAAGGUUGAAUGUCCUCACACACGGAGUGCUCUUAACAAAGCUGACUUGUUAUUGAGCAAGAAACAUGGCAUUGUCCGUCUUGACAACAUCUGGGGAACAGGUGGUGGUCGUCCCGUUAAAUACCUCGUUAAGCAGAUGGUGAUGCUGCUGAAGGAGUACCUAGCUUCAGGAGACAUGGACGAAGCAACAAGAUGUCUGCGUGAGCUCGACGUUCCACACUUCCAUCACGAGCUUGUCUAUGAGGCCACAUUGAUAGUUCUGGAGGACUCAACUGACAGAACAAGAGACAUGAUGUGUGAACUGCUUAAAUCUUUCUCAGAGGCCAUGAUUGUCACCCCCAACCAGUUUAUUCAGGGCUUCCGCCGAGUAUAUGAUGCAAUGCCAGAUAUCUGCCUUGACGUUCCCAAUGCAUAUGUCCUCUUGGAGAAGCUGGCCAACAAGUGCCACCAGGAGGGUAUGCUGUCUACGCUGCUGCUGAAGGAGCUGCCACAGAGAGGCCGCAAACGAUUUGUGUCCGAGGGAGAUGGUGGACGAGUGAAAGAAAUCACUCCUUGAACAUGUCACCUGACAGACAUUGAUCAACAUUGGUGAAGGUCAUUCCGGAUGUUUUGCAUCUCUCUUGACUAACAUUGCCCAGGGCAUUAAUGUGCUCAUCCAUUUCCAUGGAAACCAUGUCAUAUCCAGUUCAGCCACGUCUGCAUAAUUGACAUUUCCAAAAGUUUUGAAAUUGACAUUGAAAAUGUUUUCACCAUGCUGACCCAGAUUGAUCAUUUUUGUUAUCCAUCGACUUUGUUGAUGUUAUUAUUUCUUUUUUUUUACUAAUUUACACAAACAUUUGGAUAUGAUAUAUGUUGUACGAGUGAUGUUGGCUUACUGAGUUUCUCCUUGUUACACUCGUUCGUCUGAUUGUAUAAACAUGUUUUCACCCAUAAGUACAUUAGAAUUGGUGCAUUGUUUCCACAUUUAGUAUGUCAAUACUUGUAUGGUUGCUCGAUAAUCGUGAGGGCUGAUCUAACUUAGAGGUCUCAACAAAUUGGAUUAAAUAAUUUGUUACUGCA